AUGCGUAGAACGAACUAUGGAGGGCCGAGGCUGCCGGCUGUCUUGCUGGACAAGGUUGACAGCGGACGAGUCGGCAAGAAACGCGACGCUUCUCGCAAAGACAAGCGGAAGCAGGAACGAUUGCAGAAGAAAUCUGUACGGGCGGCACCGAGACCACAGCGAAGAGUUCCAGUGCCUCAGGAAGAGAGCGAUUCAGAAGAUGAUCAGCCUAUACCGCCAGCGAAGCCUACAGCGAAGGCGAAAGGGCCCACGAAAGACGCGAAGCCUACCAAGUCUAUCCUGAAGCAGCGCCCGGAGCCGGAGGCCGAUGAGGUGGAAGACGAAAGCGAAGAUGAUGGAGAGUUGGAGCUGGGGAAAGAGCUGGCAGGUCCGUCGAUGUCAAAGAAGGGUGCGAAGGCAAAACUCGAGGAUGAUGACGCUGAGAUUGCUGCGCUGGAGAAGAAGUUGGGCAUCAAAGGCAACAAGUCGAAGAAGACUGGCGAUGACGAGCUUGAUUGGCUUUUGUAUGGCUCAGAUGGGGAUGGUGAUGCUGGUCCAGGUACUAAGAGGAAGCAUCCCGAAGAUGACGACUGGUUGAAGAGCAAGAGACGGAAAGCUGCUGCGGUGGUACAGAAAGAAGAGGAGCCGGAGGAUAGCGAGGAUGAAGAUGACGAGAUCGAAGAGCCUGAUUUCGGUGACUUUGACCGCCUUGGCGACAGUGAUGCAGAAGAUGCGCCAGCCGACUUCGAGAAUCCCUUCUCUGAGGACGAGCUAUCGGAAGGCGACUUUGACGACUUUGACGACGGUGACGGGGAUGCCAGUGAUAUGGAAGACCUGACGCCGGCACCAGCAAAGAAAGUCAAAGAGAACCCAUACGUGGCGCCUGUCGCCAAGGACGAUGCUGCGCCUGCCGCAAAGUAUGUGCCACCUUCAAUGCGAAAGGCACCUUCCUCGGACGAAGAAGUCCUGAAGCAGCUUCGGCGACAACUUCAAGGUCUGCUCAACCGACUCUCGGAAGCGAAUCUCAUCUCGAUCCUGCAGUCUGUACAGGAGGUGUACACCAACAACGCACGGCAAUAUGUGACGUCCACCCUGGUGGAUCUGCUACGAGGCUUGGUCUGCGAUCCUGCCGUGCUCAAUGACACUUUCUUGAUUUUACACGCCGGCUUUGCGGCAUCGUUGCACCGCACAGUCGGCACCGACUUUGGGGCACAGAUGCUUGAGGCCAUCGCACAGGCUUUCGACGAGCACUACAGCAAAGACGCAUCUGCUGAGGGCAAGCAAGCGCUCAAUCUGUUGGCAUUUCUAGCGAAUCUGUACACGCUCAACGCCAUCUCGAGCGACAUCCUCUUCGACUAUAUUCGCAUGCUACUCGAGAGAGAGAACUUCAGUGAGAACUCCACGGAGCUUUUGGUGCGGGUCAUUCGUGUCUCUGGCCAGCAGCUUCGUUCUGAUGAUCCAACCGCAUUGAAAGACAUAGUGCUGCUACUACAUCGUACUAUCUCAGCUAUCGGCAAGGACAACGUUAGCGUAAGAACACAGUUCAUGGUUGAGCAAAUCGACAACUUGAAGAACAACCGCGUGAAGACCGGUGUUGCAGCAAGCGCGCUCAGUGCUGAGCACAUGCAGCGAAUGAAGAAGACCCUCGGUAGUAUCAAGACUGUCAAGACGACAGAGCCGCUUCGUAUCGGACUCGCUGACUUGCGUGACGCUGACAAGAAGGGCAAAUGGUGGCUAGUCGGCGCAAGCUGGCAGCCCAAGAAUGAGGCAAAGACUACAUCAUCAAAGCAGAAGCAAGCAGACAGCAAUCAUGAUGCUGAUGCCUCCGACGUCGACGAACAAGGUGGCGUCGAUCUCGACAAGCUCGCCAGACAGCAAGGCAUGAACACAGACGUGCGUCGCGCAAUCUUCAUCGCUGUCACAGGGGCCAUCGACCCAGAACACGCAUUCUUACGUCUACAAAAGCUGAACUUGAAGAACAAACAACAAGUAGAAAUCCCGCGAGUUCUGCUCCAUUGCGUUGGGGCAGAGCCCGUUUACAACCACUUUUACACCCUCAUCGCAUGCCGCUUCUGCGGCGACCAUAAGAUGUGGAAGGCUUGGCAAUUUGCGCUACUUGACAUCUUCAGAAGACUAGGCGAAACCCAAGCCGACGCUGAUGAUGAGCCUGAAGAAUCAGAAGAGAUGGACGUGAAGAAGGUGUACAACUUGGCGAAGCUAUACGCCACUUUGGUCGCGGAACGUCUGCUGCGCAUCACGAUCUUGAAGACACUUGAUUUUGGGGCCUUGGCAUCGAAGACACGAGUCUUCGUUGAAACAAUGCUAGUCACAAUCAUGAUCUUGCUGCGAAAGAAGGCGCAUCAAGAUGGCUUUGAAGGUGCGGUCAAGCAGACCUUUGAGCAAGCACACGCCGUUCCGGAAAUGCUACUGGGGCUGAAGUACUAUCUCACCAGUGUCGUACCUGAGAGCGAGGUCAUCGGGAAUAGGAAGGAAGCGAAAGUUGUUGCCAGUGGGUGCGAGUAUGCAGUCGACGUACUGAAUGAGACUAGGAAGGGAAAGAUCGCUGUCGAGGAGGAUCUUUCAGAUGUCGACUGA